UUCACGCAUAUCACUCAUGCAGAAACACACACAAGUUAAAUAGUAACAAACACCCACUCUGCGGUGAGCCAGGAUGAAUCUCUCAGGACAGCAGAGGAGUCUGAGAGUGUGGACAGAUUUUUUCUUUUUGAUACAGGCAGUUCAGUGUUCAUUCCCAUCUCCCCAAAAUGUGAGCAUUGUCUCUUUUAACCUGAAGCACAAGCUCACGUGGAUACCAGGUCCCGGCACAGAAGCCUUCACAAAAUUCAGAGUGCAGAGCUUAAAUCAGAGGAGGAAACUCUGGGUUUCGGUGAAGAGCUGCUCUGACUUGCAACUUGGCGAGACGUGUGAUUUGACCGAAUCUUUCACAGAGAGGCUCGGGUUUUACCAAGCCCGAGUGCAAGCGUUCAGUCAGGACAAGGAAUCCAACUGGACCACUUCGAAAUUCUUUACUCCUCUGUUGGACACAACUUUGGGUCCUCCACUUGUCUCAGUAACUGGCUGUGGAAACUGUCUCAUCCUGAGACUCAGUCCACCGGCCAGCAUGGAGCAAAACCAUAACCCAUUGCCAUACAUUUAUCAACACUACUCCAUAAAUGUGUCCAGGACUAGAGACAAAGCGCAGUUUGCUAUGAAGGCAUCCAAUGGAGAGACUUUGAUCAACUACCUAGAACCGGGAGCGGAGUACUGCAUCACGGCCUUCAUGGUAACAAGCUUUAAUAACCCUGUGGUUCCUUCCGAUCCUCAGUGCUCCCUCACGAGCCCACAGCCGCUCAACACAGUGGCCAUAUUUUUGAGCGCGCUGUGUUUGGCCUUUACCUUGGCAUUGCUCAUUUGUGCAGCUCUGACCUACACCCGCCCUCUUCACACACCACUCUUAAGAGCUUUCAUGGGUUUCUUGCCUUUUCUGGAAAGGAGGUGAGGAACCGAAGCGCUGCUCCGUCAUCGAUCGGAACCCGAACGAACACUUGUUUAUCCUUAGUGCGGAAAAUCCCGUGGAAACCCAAAUGCCACUGAAGAACAUUUCUGUAUAUCUGUUUACUUUAUCGUUGCUUUGCUUUACGAGAAUGUUAAAAAAAUGGAAGAUAAUAUAAAAUAAAAAUGGAUGACAAACAC